AUAUGUGAAGAAUUACUUACGCGAUGUCUUGCUCCCGAUUCGCAAAUGGGAGGUGUAGGAUGUGAUAAUAUGACGGUAGUCAUCGUUGGACUGCUGCAGAAACAAGGUCCAGAAAAUCUUGUCAGCAAGUGUGCGCGACCAUCUCGUGCUGAUCAAUCCAAG